AUGGUCAAAGCCGUUGUUCAGAUCCGAGGUGACUCCAAGAUCACCGGAACCGUCACUUUCGAGCAGGAUACCGAAUCUUCUCCCACCACCAUUUCAUGGAACAUCACUGGUCAUGAUGCCAACGCUGAGCGUGGCAUGCACGUUCAUCAGUUUGGUGACAACACCAACGGCUGCACAUCCGCCGGACCCCACUUCAACCCACACGGAAAGACACAUGGCGCUCCUUCCGAUGAGGUCCGCCAUGUUGGUGACCUUGGCAACUUCAAGACCGAUGCUCAAGGCAACGGUGUUGGCUCCGUUCAAGACAAGCUCAUCAAGUUGAUCGGCCCAGAGAGUGUUAUUGGCCGUACCGUUGUUGUCCACCAGGGCACUGAUGAUCUUGGAAAGGGAGGAAAUGAGGAGUCCAAGAAGACUGGUAACGCUGGUGGCCGCCCCGCUUGCGGUGUCAUCGGCAUUGCUGCUUAG